AGAGUGCGGGAGCAAGAUGGCUACUACCAAGCGAGUGCUGUACGUGGGUGGGCUGGCAGAGGAGGUGGAUGACAAAGUUCUUCAUGCUGCUUUUAUCCCUUUUGGAGACAUCACAGAUAUCCAGAUUCCUCUGGAUUAUGAAACGGAAAAGCAUCGAGGAUUUGCUUUUGUUGAAUUUGAGUUGGCAGAGGAUGCUGCAGCAGCUAUCGACAACAUGAAUGAAUCUGAGCUCUUUGGACGGACAAUUCGUGUCAAUUUGGCAAAACCCAUGAGGAUUAAGGAAGGCUCUUCCAGACCAGUUUGGUCCGAUGACGACUGGUUGAAGAAGUUUUCUGGGAAGACUCUUGAGGAAAAUAAAGAGGAAGAAGGAUCAGAGCCUCCCAAAGUGGAAACCCAGGAGGGAGAGCCCGCUGUAAAAAAGGCCCGGUCGAACCCUCAGGUGUACAUGGACAUCAAGAUUGGGAACAAGCCAGCAGGCCGCAUCCAGAUGCUCCUGCGUUCAGACGUCGUUCCCAUGACAGCAGAGAAUUUCCGCUGCCUGUGCACCCACGAGAAGGGCUUUGGCUUCAAGGGCAGCAGCUUCCACCGCAUCAUCCCCCAGUUCAUGUGCCAGGGCGGCGAUUUCACCAACCACAAUGGCACUGGGGGCAAGUCCAUCUACGGGAAGAAGUUUGACGAUGAAAACUUUAUUCUCAAACACACGGCACCAGGCCUGCUCUCCAUGGCCAACUCUGGCCCAAACACCAACGGCUCCCAGUUCUUCCUGACAUGUGACAAGACGGAUUGGCUUGACGGCAAGCACGUGGUAUUUGGGGAGGUCACGGAAGGCCUGGACGUCGUGCGGCAGAUUGAGGCCCAGGGCAGCAAGGACGGGAAACCGAAGCAGAAGGUCAUCAUCUCCGACUGUGGGGAGUACGUGUGAGAGGGGAGCUGUCAGCCCGGGGAACCGGCAGCCAAGGUGUCCCGUUUGCAGCAAGCAGGGCUUUGUGUCCUGGCCCGCCCUUGGGGUCAGCGUGGGGCAGCUCCUCUGCAGGCACGGCCUGGGCCGCCUCUGGCUCUUCCCCAAGUGGGGCCAUGGGCCAGGGUGCUGCCCUCCCUACCGUGGACGGCUGUGCGUGCCCUUUCCAGGCCAGGGCCUCUCCUGGGUCCACUUGUGUGGAUCCUAGACGUUUUCUUCUGGUAAAAUAAAUUCUAGUUUUUGUA